CACACACACACACUUGCACCUGCACAAAGAAAAACAGUCAGCCACGAGCGGGCUCCCUCAGUCCCUCCGACCUGCAGUGAGGUGAGAAUACACGGAGCCCGUAAGCCGACACACCGACACACCGACGGAGGAGGAGGAAGAGGAGAAAGAGGAUGACUGAAGGAGAAAAGGUGAACCACGGGGACAGGCGCUCGCGGAGGCUGGCGGUGGUGGUCGCGGUGCAGAACGUGCUGGUCGCCGCGUGCCUGGUGGUCACUCUUUACGUUUACUGGACCGUUCAGGAGCGCGUGAGCAGCACGGUAAGUGGUAUACACCUGAUCUUGUGACGCUGAAGUAGGUAUCUAUUUAUUUCUUAGACUUUAAAAAACAAUGUUAAUUAGAAAAAAAACUCAUUCUAUUUGAGAAAAUAAAAGGAAGUGUGAUAAUUAUGAGAUAAGACAGGCUUUAUUGUCCUGUUUGGCUUUGUUGUUGUACUCUGAUACAGCAUCAAAAUAAAAUACAGCAUAGCCAAACGUCAGGAACACGUAGCCCUAUAGCCUAGUUUUAUCUCUUACAAAACCGUCCUCCAAUAAAAAAAUAUGUAAAAGUGUAAAAACAGCCAAAAUCGCGAUGAACAGCUCAAAGUGUGGUAAUGAACCCAUGGGAUAUUUAUAACAUCCUUUUAACAGGAUGUUCAGAUCUAACAGAUAAGAUUGAACAACUUCAGUCUUCAAUCACUUACAUUUUCUAAACUAGAUGAACACACUCAUUUCUGUAUCCUAUUAUAUAAUCAUAGGCAGAUAGCAGGUUUGAGCCAAGAACAUUUUGGUGAGCUUUGUUUUCAGCUAUAAAUCAAGCUUGGGAGAAGCCAGCAGAUUAGAAAACGUAAUUAAGAUACAAGGAUAACUAAUUUACUAGCCAAAUAUCUAACCAAAAAACUCCUGACUAUGACACCCUAAACACCCAAAAAUAAAAGGGCUAAGAACAAGGAAACACUCUUUAUAACCUAAUAAUCUGUCUAGUUUGUCCAUAAAAGGAUCAACAUAUCUGCUUGAUCACCAUGAUAAGCUAUAUCUGUGUUGCCAGAAGCACAGAUAUGAAUACAUAGAUAUAAAACAUGCCCCUAUGAGCUGCGUGCCUAUGGCGAGGCUAAGCUAGUGGGGGCAUUGUUCCCAUUAAAGGCAAUGCAUGUACAUUAAAAAUAAAUCACAACUUGCUCAUUUCUUUAGUUCUGGAUCAGAACCUGGUUCUCUUAACCUUAAAACCGCUGAAUUAGAAGCUGCAAAUGCCACCUAACCCUAACCCUAAACCUUUACUAUAGUUUGUUAUUUAAGUUUAAAUCACAGAAAAGGUACCUGUCUGAAACCCUUUAACUGUUUUUCAGGUUUAGUGUACCUGCACGAAAGGUUCUGAUCUGCAUGUGUAAACAUACAUUAGACUUUGGAUGAAAGCUGGUUCAGACUCGUUAAACAGAGCUUUAGUGGAUGUAAUAUUUGUCUGAUAUUCAGACUUCACAUGAGUAGUCUGAUUCUGAUGGAGCAACUAUUUGGUCAUUUCAGAAUGACAGGGUGACACGAAACAUGUUUCACUGUGAUAACAUGAAACUAAAACUCAGUGAUCUCACAUUUUCUCACUUCUUAAAUGACACGAUUAUUCUCCAACACCAUCAGAGACAUUUAACCUCUGAAUCUGAAGCACAAACAAAGGGCAUGUGUCUUAGUCAUUAUUUUCAUUGUAUUCCACCUGAGCACUUGUGGCCUUGUUCGAAUUGCACUCAUGCAUUGUGAAAAUACAUAAUGGAGACUUUCCUCAUCAGCUCGAAUACUUAUUUUUAAUUUGACUGAGAAACUUUCACUAAUGUUAGGAUUAUUACUUGGCGAGGAGGAUCUGUACUCUACUUGAGGUGAUCAAGCUCAUAACUUUGGCCAGUAACAUUGUUGUGCAUGGACCAAAGACAGAAGAAAAGCAGAUAUUCAGAAUUAUUUGACAUAUGAUUUGAUACGAAGAUAUGGAAUAUAUGAUUAUACAGUCUAUUUUUUCUUUGACUUUUCAUCUAAGUGUUCAUUAUUCAGCAUUUCCACAAAACUGAAUGUUGAUUUAUCACCCAGCUGUGUCAAAACUUGACUCUGAUUGGUCAAAACCCCAUCAACACAGUCUAUUAAGUCUCAGACUGAUCACACAUAUGAACUCAAAUCAAUCUGCAGAGAGGAGGCUGGCACAUCUUACCUCUGCCUGUUGACACUAUGGCAAAACAUCAGUUUCCAUUAGCAAUUUUAAACAAACACAUUUUAAUAUCAUAUUUAAAGCUCCUGUGAGAAGCCUUCAGUUUGUGUCAUCUUUGGCACAUGUGUGGACCAAAACGGUAAUCAGAUCUCUUUGCUGUCUGACACUUAAAAUUUGUAAAUCUAUUUAUAUAUCUAUAUCUAUGUAUAUCUAUUGUGAGAGGAGUCGAAAAAGACUGUUUGUCACCAACCUGAUAAGUUGUUAUAACACCCAUCCCAGCAGCUGUUCCAAAUUGUGAGUCAUAUUGCUGACUGUUGCAUUGAACCUAAAAUGUCAUGACAAGGCAUUAGCAACUGUUUGGGUCUGUUUCCUAUCCAGUCAAUACCUCCAACAGGGGUCUUAAUGUAUUUGGAGAUUACAUAACUCGAGGUUAGACUCAUGACUGGAAAAUCAAAGAGGUGAGGAGGGAAAAAGCACAGAAGCCAGAGAGGAUGUGAAGGGGCUGUUCACAAUGGUGAUACCGUCAAUGGAAAGCAGUCUAUUCCUCUACACAGAAAUAACGUCUGGACGGCUGGAAAUACAAGCUUAGAAACUAGGUGAAAUGAUAAGAGGUCACAGCCUCACAUGAAUACUACAUUUGUGUUUUAUUCGCUACUUCAUUGAAGAACGCCAACAUGCACAGGGGCAUCGUGUUCUCCAGGGAUAUUUUAUUCAUAGUUUAUACCCUCACCUACACUUUCAGUCAUUUUUGCAGAUCUGUAAGGGCCAAGGUUGUUCUCUAAAUGUUGUAAAUAAAAAUUGUUGAAAAUCACUAGGAAAGACUCUCCUGUUUUAAAUGAAGCCUUAAAGAAAUGAGGAAGAAAAAAGCCUUCUACCAAAGUGAAGAAAACGGAUAUAAGACAAACAAGUUCUACUUCAGCUGGGUUAAAGGACUUACUUACUUACUUACUUAAGCGUAAAGAAAAUAGGAAAUGACUUUGAGAGGAGCUAGGAGACUUUAAAUUUGGUGCUGCAGUCAACUGAAGCACCAAUUUCCAAAUGCUUACAGAAAAUAGACUUAAAACUCCUGAGAGGAACUUUCAGUUGCAUCACUUUUGGAGCCAAAGAGGUCUCCUUGUCCUACAUGCAUGAGUGGUGACUGACAAAAAAACCCCUCAUCCUUCUGACUUUUGACAGUGAAAUUUAUUAUCAAUUGUGAAAAUUUUCUGUGAAAAUGGUUCACCCAACAUUUUUAUGCAUUCAACGUUUGGAUAAAAAUUGCCAGUAAUGUGGCUGAUGGUCUUGUUUGCUUCUGGUUAUCGUGGAAAGGAAUCAAUAGGAAUUUUUGUCUGAUUUAAGAUCCUCCACAAAAUUCCCAUAGGAGCUUUAAUUAGGAGUGAAAAUGUUCAGCUGAACUUCAAUUCAACCAUGGAGUCAGAUUUCUUAAACCAAGGCACCACAGGUGUGGUUAACUUUACGGGCUUACCCCAGACCAAGGAGGUUUAUCACCAACAGUCACAUCUACGUUAACUAUUGCAAAAGAACACAAAAAAUGUCUUGUUCUUGGACAGAGAACUUAAUAUUGUGAUAAAAUUUAGAUCUGCAGAAUUUUAGAGAUUUAAAAGAUAUGUUUGACUGAAGUCACCAACCAAAGUACCUGCUAAAGAAAGUGAAAUGCUACUAGCUACUAGCAACACAAUCUGAGGCAAACAAAUGAAGCAAACACCCAAUCAAAGUCAGAAUAUCAGGGUGGCUAAUCAGAUCAAAGGGGCACCACUGAAUUCAACCCACAAGUAGGCUGGGUAGAAUUUGUUAUUGUUAGCAGAGUAGUAACUUGGGCAAUGUAUAGUAAGUAGGUUGUCGAAGCAAAUUGGAACCCCAAUGGGACAAGUCCAGACAAGACUUACUCACUGUACAACACUGAGAAGGUUUCAGUCUUUUUGAAGUUUCCAUGUUUUAGUCAUCUAUGAAAAGCAUCUUCAAUGCCAGAGCUGCUGGUGACUGAGCUGAAAACUUUUGAAAACUGUGACAAAGCUGCAGGGACUAGAUGUGAAACACCCUCCAAGAGAGAAAGAGAGAGUGAGGCGUUUAUUUAAUGUAGAGUUUGAUCAAAGUUGAGAGGUGACACAGUUUGACAGAAAACAGAAUUUGUUCAGGAAUCCAGUGACCUGGAUGACUGAUUAUCUGUAAGACUGAAUGACUCAUGUUUUUUACACCAAGGCCGAGAUGGUGCUCUGACUUUUGUUAUCAAUCAUCUAAAUAUAAAACUUUCCCUCCUUUCUGUUAUUAAACCACAGCAUCUCACAAAUAGUUUCCCAAUGAGAAACACGAGGGCAUCUGAGUCGAGUGACCUUUUAAAACACCCACUGCAGAUUUAUAGAUUUAUACCAUCAGAGUCAGACUGAUGGUUAGAAACCAACACCGAAACAUAUGGACGACUGUCCGUAGUUAGUCUAACUUAAAACAUGCUGAGCUGAGCGUCUUACUUUACAUGAAAUAAAGCUUCUUUACACUGAUCCCAUGCCUCAGAAAAAGGUGGCAAGCUAAACCACAGCAACACAGCUAAAGAAGCACCAUGUAACAAAGCUAUUUCCUGUUACAUUAAAUCACUUUGAAUCAAACUGUUUUUAUGUCUGUAUUUUUGACCAUUCUGUACAACAUUUGAUAGCUAUAUCUAGAACCCUGAUCCCCAAACCGUUGGUAUUGCUAAUAAAAACCAUUUAAGGUCAUUGUGAAAACUUAUAUGGCUCAAAGUAACUUGUCAAAUGUCAAAAUUGAAAGUUUUACAGGAUUUUUGGGAAGAGAAAGGCUUGUUUUUAAUUUGUUUCUAAUGUUUUGUCUCCACAGCACUGCAUUGAUAUAAGUAUUAAGAUUCUAAAAAGGCAGAGCAAAAAGCUGAGAUGUGUGGUAUCCCCCUUCAAAACAACAUUAUGAGGCUAAUCACAGACCAACUCUGUAGUUAGUUAAAGGACAAUGAGUCAUGUUACUGUCAGAGAAAAGAAAUAAAUGAAGAGUUGUUGUCACAACAUCUCCUGAUAGUUGGCUCUUGCCAUUUAGAGGAAACAUUAACAGGAUCUCUAAAAGCAGCACUAACUGAGAUUAUUUAGGCUUCAUAUUUCUGUAGACUAAUGUAACUUUACCUGUCCAACAGGCAACUGACAGCUUCAACAUUGAUCUUCAAACAUAAAUGCGAUACCAGGGUUUUAAUCUAUGAAAGGAAACACUGAUCUUAACUCAUAUUUUCUGCCAUCACCUGUCCUGAUCUUGUUUUACUUCCUUAUAUUUUUGUUUUUGGACGUAAUCUCAAACUCACUCUAACUCAUGUCCCAGAAAUGCAUGAAAAUUGUGAUCCUCCAUUUAUCAGGUUUUUAUGGAGGUGCAACACAGCAGUGUCUGGAGUGAGUACUUUUUUAAAGUCAUAAAACGAUUGCGAUAUUCCAUUCAUUAUAAACUCAUUUAAACAUAUUCUGCAGUAUGAAGUCCAUUUCUUUAGGAAAAUGGUGAUAAAUUCCACACAAUGUACAGUACCUUCAAACACAAAUAAACUAAAUUAGGGAAAACCCCCAGUAAAUAUAGGGAACAUGACACAUGCGUAGAGUAUGCAUUUUGCAAAUGAAAUGACUGAAGAGAUCAGAUUGAACCUGCACGUCAUUAGCCAAAUGCCCGUUUACGUUGAAUUCCUACAGUGAUGCAGACCUUUCCUCUCUAAAAAACACAAAACAGGUAAUUAUUGCUUACUGGGGUUGAAACAAGGUGAGAAAACCUCUCAAAUAACAUCUCACCUGUUGAUUCUUCAGUUUAUUACCAUAGGAUUGCAUGUGCGUUACACCGUUUAAAGGGGUAAGGUGCUGCAAACUUGCAAAAUUUUCCCAGAGCAAAGAGCGCACUAAAACCUUUCAACCUGACGCAUAUGUUUUGUUCAUGUCCAAAACUGACCAACUUUUCAUUUUUGUUUUGGAAAAUGAAGAUCUGUUUGUCUUCGCACAAAGCAAUAUUUGGCAGACCUCCUACUGCAUUGCCUCUCAGUCUAUCGUUAUUCUUUCUGCUUGUCUUUAAUGUCUCGGGAUAGAGAUGUUUCUGGUAACACUUUGCUGUUGAGAAAUAAAAUGUUGUUGUUUUGGAGUUUUUGACCAAUCAGAAUCAAGUAUUUAACCCAACUGGGUCAUUAAGUCAAUGUUUUAAAGGUGCUUCUAUUUCUUAUAUCAACAUCCUGUUUAUGUUCAUUUUUGAAAUAUCAUUGUCUCAUGAAGAGCUAUUCAAGUUUGAUUGACAGACUGAUGAUAUUAGUAUAACUUUUGUGUGUGUGUUUUCUGUCAGCAGGCUGCAGGAGGAGACAUUCACAUCCAGGUUGAAGCUGUUCCAGGUGUGUAAAUCUUUAUUUUACUGUCUUUUAUCUGCUUAACUUAGAUUUUCAAGGAGUAAGCUCAGACUUUGUUUGUUUGGACACCCAUUUUUCAUGCAUGUGCCUGUGUGUGCAGAUAUUACUCGUAACAGCACCCUGCAGCUGGCCCACAUUUACAGCAACUUCAAGAUGGAUUUGCUGGAUGGCAGGAGGAUCUACACAAGCUGUACUGGAUCUUACCUGCUGCACCUGCACACAUGUUAUACAAGCCUGAAACUGGGGGAAAGCAGAGUUGCUGAGCUGCAGCUGCAGGCGAGAAAGGAUGAAGAACCGCUUAGCUCCUUCUUCCUGAACACUACACAUGAGGUCUGCAGGGGGCUCCACAGGAUCACCUACCUCAGGGCCAAGCAGAAUGUCAGUCUGCAUCUUUUCCUCUCAGACGGCUUCAAGCUCAAGAACAUGACCGUGGACCUGAGCUUCCUUCAGGGGGGGCGCUGUGAGCCCUGAUGGCGGGGGUUACCUGUGAGCCAGCAAACACAUCUGAGUAGGACACAAAGUAGGAGCAGGACUGUACUGACUGUGCCUUCUUUCAGUUAGAGAAAAUGAAGAGACCUCAUUUCUUUUUCUUGGUGCUACUUCUGAAUUCUUUUAUCAAUACAAAAACAAAAAUCUAAAACUUGAAAAUGACCACGAGGAGGAAUCAGAGGAAUCAGCCCCUAACAAACACCACUCUUUCUGCACGAUGUUUGUCUUUAGUUUCCAAACUGUUUCAGAGGAAACUGAAACUGACUUUUUUUUUGUUGAUGAAUCAGUUGUUGGUGGUGUGAUUGGCUUGACAAACUUUA